AUGUCCUUGACAGUAGCCAAAGAACAAAUUGUUUUUUUUUUUCUUAUUCUAGUUGUCCUUUUCAUCCAACCACUGUAUGCCAUAUGGGCCUGUUUCCGCUCCUGUCCAUCAAGUUGUGCAUGUACUCAGGAACGAAACUGCUCUGUUCUAUGUGAUCGUAUAGGACUAACAGAGAUCCCUAAUGAAUUUCCAUGUGAAGCAUCCUUUAUUAACCUAGAUAAAAAUAACAUCAAAUUUCUCUCAGAAUUGGCCUUUGGGACCUUGCCGUCAUUAAAAUGUCUCUCACUUAGUCACAACAACAUAUCCUUCAUCACUCCAGGAGCUUUCAAAGGAUUACCCAAUUUGAUUGAACUAAAAAUGGCUCAUAAUGAGUACAUCCGUUAUUUGCAUACUCAAACAUUCUCUGCUUUAAAGAAGUUAGUGAAGUUGGACUUAGCUGACUGCAAUCUGUUCAACAUCCCAGACAGGUUAUUUGUGGAACUUCUAUUUCUGCGUGAACUCAUGUUUUUUCAAAAUUAUUUUCGUAGGAUUCCAGGAGCUAUCCGUGGUAUGCAGAGCUUGACUCAUGUUUACUUGGAAAGUAACAGGAUUGAGGCAGUGGCCUACAAUUCUCUUCAGGAUAUACCAAAUCUAAAAUAUCUCAACCUUCAAGACAAUAAGAUAAAUGUCAUUCAUGAUAAGUCUUUCCAAGACUGUGACAAAAUGGAGUACCUCUUUCUCAAUGACAAUUUAUUGAAUGAGUUACCAGAAAACUCCUUCAAAGGACUGAAAAGGUUAAAGAUGCUAAAUUUAGGUGGAAACUUUAUACACAAUGUCUCACGAGUUUGGUUUCAAGAUCUAGUUGAGUUAGAAGUCCUUUAUCUAGACCGGAAUAAUAUAAGCUAUAUUGAGGAAGAGGCUUUUGAAAACAUUACUAGCUUGGUAUCUUUACACUUAAAUAGCAACAACUUGGCAUCUUUAUCCUUUGAGGUUUUUAAACCAGUUUAUUUUAUUGGAAGACUUUAUCUUUUUAAGAAUCCUUGGGAAUGUGACUGUCGGAUUGAAUGGUUAAGAGACUGGAUGGAGAGCUAUAAACUGGUACGGGAUAUACCCUGCUCAUCACCUGCAUCAUUGGCAGGUAUUGACCUUAGUGAUGUCUCCUUUAAAAAGUCUUCUGAAGGAGUAUGCCUUGAUCCCACAGAACAAAAUGUAACUUAUUAUAUUCCACUUCCUACUGAAAGGCUUCAAUCUACAAUGGAAUCAAAACUGAGCAGCCUUAUAUCCAGGCUGCUCAUGCCCAGAAAUUAUGAAGAUCUGGGGAAUAUAACAGAGAGUUCUGACAACAACACUUUUUUAAUGGCUUCUCGUAGAUGCAGAAAUUUAUCCUGGAAUGGUGAAAAAAUUCUCAUUUUCCAAGACUUUUCGGCCGAACUGUCCAAAGCAAGAAAGGACUUUGCCCCCAUUUGUUCACAGCUGGUGCAGGACGGAUGCAAGUUUGCACUUCUAUACCCAGCUCGCCUACGUAUAUAUGACGGUGCCUCGUUUACCGAUUUCUUAAACCCGGCAGAUGCAAAAGCCUACCUGGAGGAAUAUGCUGCGGGAGCUCAGUUUAAGUCCACGCCUGAAUUACACAUGGCUGACUGUGAUUGA